AUGUUGGUUUGUCAUAAAUUUACACUAUGUGGAUCAGUGGACUGGAGCAAAACUGAUAGAAUUUGUGUAUUAAAUGCGAAGAAUCACACCAAGAAUUCAACUUUUUCUCUGACCAAAACUGAAAAUAUCCAUGUGGACCGCAAAGACUUUCCAGAGGCUGUUGCAGGGGAUUGUCUCUUACAUUCCUGUAACCUAAACUGGAUCUGCAUUAAUGUUCCUGUGGUACGAGAGACUUGCUUAGAUCACCUUCGAGAAGAUUCGCAUUUAAGAGGAAGAGAUGGGGUAUAUCAGAUAUAUGUAGCCUCAGAAGUGAAAGCUGUGUAUUGUGACAUGAGCACUGACGGAGGGGGAUGGACAGCUAUUCAACGACGACAGGACAAUUCUACAGAUUUCUUUCGAACAUGGAUAGAAUAUAAAGAAGGUUUUGGUGACCCGUUCAGAAACUAUUGGAUUGGAAACGAUGCAAUUCACACCUUAACUAAAAAGGGGGACCUGGAACUUCGGAUUGAGCUCCAGCGUUUUAAUGGAGAAAGGGCUUUCGCUCAAUACUCCACGUUUUCCAUUGGGAAUGAGGACAGUUACUAUAAACUCCUGGUGUCUGGGUAUUCUGGAACAGCUGGUGAUAGUUUGACUUAUCACAAUAACAGAAGAUUUGCUACUAAGGACAGUGACGUUGUUUAUCUUGGACGAUAUUGUGCAACGGAACGUCAUGGUGCUUGGUGGUACUAUCAUUGUAGUUACUCAAAUCUAAACGCUAAAUACGGAGACGUUGGAGAUAACGGACCAGGAUACGUGGUAUGGGAUCACUGGACAGGAGGCGAAUCACUUAAAGAAACCAUGAUGAUGAUCAGAGAAAGUCCUUAA